UAUUAUUAUUAUUAUUAUUUUUUGCAGUACGCGGGCCUCUCACUGUUGCGGCCUCUGCCAUUGUGGAGCACAGGCUCCGGACGCACAGGCUCAGUGGCCAUGGCUCACAGGCCCAGCCGCUCCACGGCAUGUGGGAUCUUCCCGGACCGGGGCACGAACCCGUGUCCCGUGCAUCGGCAGGCGGACUCUCAACCACUGCACCACCGGGGAAGCCCCAGAGUCAUUAUAUUUUGAUUAUGUUACUGAUUCUCAUGUGGAAUCAGCAUUGAGAACAACAGAUGGCUUUAAAAUACACAACAGAAGAGGAAAUGAGAACCUCUUAUCAAUAGCAAACAUGUCUAUAUUGUCCAAACCAGCGUAAGAGUGAAUACGUAUUUACCUUUUAAAAAUAGGUCUAAAAAAAACCCCAAAACUAAAACCCAAUAGAUCCAUAGACCUGUUGGUUGGUUGGUUAGAGCUUGUUGGUGCUCAGGAAUGAAGAUAUAAGAAGUCUGCAACAGCUUUUUAAAAUGAUUUCACAAUUAAUUCUAGUCUCUUGCUGCAGCAACGUGAGUAGGAGCACUGGGACUGUGGGCCUGGAGCAGAACUUCUCGGAUUGUUUUAAGAAAAUGGCAGGUAAGCAGGACAUGGGGGAAAUCACCAGCUUCAAUAAGGCCAAGCUGAAGAAGACGGAGGCACAGGAGAAGAACACCCUGCUGACUAAAGAGACCACUGAGCAGGAGAAGCAAGCGGAGUGAAA